GGGCGUGUCCCGUAUCGCUGCCCUGCUUUUAAACAAACCCAGGCGACAUGUUAGCGUGGAGUGCAUGGUGGCAACCAUCACUCUUUGUGCUAUUUACGGCCAUCCAUUGCUUAAUUGCAUGGGAUGUGCAACCCAACGUCCCGAUGAGCCGCGAAAUUUCAAAGCUGGUCUCUAACGGGCGAUACCGAGAAGCCCUCUCGUUCUACGCCCGAAUCCACGCCGCUUCCAUCCAACCCGAUAGCUUUACCUUCCCCCUCCUCCUCAAAUCAUGCGGGAACCUCCAAUCGAUCCCACAAGCCCGACAACUCCACGCCCGCAUCGUAAGAUCCGGCUUCCAGACCGAUGUCUACACGGCCACCGCUCUUACGGGUGCCUACAUGAAGCUCCGGCUACUGCAAGAUGCCCUCAAAGUGUUCGACGGAAUUCCCAACCCAACCCUCCCUUCUUUUAAUGCCAUCAUCUCUGGCUUCUCCCAACGUGGGCAUUUCGAGGAAUCUCUGCGCGCCUUCGAACGCCUUAGGAUGGAAGGGUUCCGCCCGAAUUCUGUUACCAUUGCGAGUGUGCUGCCUGCCUGUGGAACGCUAGUGCAAGGAAAGCAGCUGCAUGGCCUUUCAAUAAAAAUGGGGCAUGAAUCGGAUGGCUAUGUUGCGACGGCGCUCCUGACCAUGUACUCAAAUUGUGCAGAAUUAGGUCUGGCUCGAAGGGUCUUUCAGUUGAUUGAUGAAAAGAAUAUAGUCAGCUACAAUGCAAUGAUUUCGGGAUUUCUACAAAAUGGGGCCUUUUUCUUGGCUUUGAAUUUGUUUAGGGAAUUGACAACUUUGCAUGGGCGACAGAUCAAUGCGUCGACGUUGCUUUGUAUUCUCUCUGUGUGCUCAAAACUAUUGGCUUUGCUGCUAGGUAAACAGAUACACUGUUAUUACUUGAAAUGUGAAGUGGGUGACGAUGUCAAGAUAGAAACAGCUCUGCUUGGCAUGUAUUGCAAAUGCAGGGCAGUGGAAUUGGCUUGUCGGGUAUUUACAAAAAUCAAAGACAGGAAUUUGGUAACAUGGAACAUGAUGAUUUCAGGGUUGCUAUCCAAUGGAUUCCCUGAAAUUGCCAUAAAGUUGUUCCACCGGUUGAGAUCAGAAGGUUUGAGGCCUGAUAUGGCUACAUGGAAUGUGCUGAUUUGUGGGUUUUCACAACAGGGUAAUGUGGCUGAAGCAUAUAGGUUCUUCACUCAGAUGCAAUUAGAGGGAGUUGUGCAUCCAAGUUUAGAGUCCAUAACAAGUCUUCUGCAGGCUUGUUCAUCCAUUUCAGGUCUCCAACAUGGCAAAGAGAUCCACUGCCAUGUAAUUAGAACUCGAGCAGAUUAUGGAGAUGAAUAUUUCCAAACAGCCCUGAUAGAUUUGUACAUGAAAUGUGGAUGUUCUCUUCAUGCUCGUAGGAUAUUUGAUAGUAAUGAAAGAAAAUCAGGUGAUCCAGCAUUAUGGAAUGCGAUGAUUUCUGGAUAUGGAAAGAAUGGAGACACUAACUUAGCAUUUGAAAUUUUCCAAGCAAUGAUAGAGCAAAAGGUGGAGCCCAGUUCAGCUACUUUUCUAGGCAUUCUUUCAGUUUGUAGUCAUACUGGUCAGGUGGAGAAAGGGUGGGAAUUAUUUAGGAUGAUGAGUAGAGAUCAUGGUAUUAAUCCAACUGCCAAGCAUUUUGGUUGCAUGGUCGAUCUAUUGAGUCGAGCUGGAAAGCUGGCUGAAGCCUGGAAUCUGAUACAAGAGAUUCCUGAGCCUUCAGCUUCUGUAUAUUCUUCUUUACUUGGUGCUUGUGGGUGUUAUUCUGAUGCUGCACUAGCUACAGUGAUGGCUGACAGGCUUUCUGAGUUGGAGCCUAGAAGUCCAACUCCUUUGGUGAUAUUAUCCAAUAUAUAUGCAGGGCAGGAAAGAUGGAAUGAUGUGGAAAAAUUAAGAAACAUGAUGUUAGAUAGGGUACUGUACAAAGCUCCUGGUUGCAGCUGGAUUGGAGCACAGGAGUUGCAACUCACCUAGUAGUAAGCAGUUCCAGUACACUUAUUUCUGCGACAUUAUGGACACUGGGGUCACCUAACCUCAUGUUUGAGAGAGAGAGGCAUGCACCUUAUAUGUCCUCAAAUACAAGGUGGAAACGAUCAAAACUUGCUUUUAAUACCGAGACCAUCUCUAAGAUCUCUUGCUCUCUAGCUCCUAGAGCUGAUUGGAAGCGGUCACCGAGUAUUUUGAGUAGCUCCACUACCUAGAAGUUAUAUGCUCUUCCUUAGGAUAUAUGCACUGAUGCUUGUGACCAACAAUACAUUCAAUCAAAUGUCAUACAACUGCGGGAUUAUAAUCCAGGAAAGGUGCUAUGUCCGUUUAGUAUUAUUAUUACUUCUUUUUAUGUAUUAUCGAUCUAGCAGCGUUGUAGAUACAACAAAAGAACCACAAAAAAAA